CAGCCCGAGUGUGUGCCUGUUUUCCUCCCUGUCCCGGAGGCCCGCACAGUUAUGAAUGACUGCUUACGGUGACCCAUGCCGCCCCUCUCCUAUGGUGGACCAUGAACAUCUCAAACUAUCCCCUGGAUCCCCCCACAGCCCUCCACUCUGCCGAUUACACACAGGACCUUGCGUCACAAGAGGGACCGUCAACAUUUCAGGAGUUAAAGCCAGACCCAGACAAUAGGACAACUCAAGAAGAGGGCUGUCCUGUGUGUGGUGACAGGGUGUCAGGAUAUCACUAUGGUCUACUCACUUGCGAGAGCUGUAAGGGAUUUUUCAAGCGCUCUGUACAGAACAACAAGCGGUAUAUGUGUGCAGAGGCACAGAGCUGCCCCAUGGACCCGGCACAGAGGAAACGGUGUCCUUCGUGCCGCUUUCAGAAAUGUCUAGCUGUUGGCAUGAAGAAAGAAGCUGUACGUGCGGACAGAAUGAGAGGUGGGCGAAACAAGUUUGGACCUCUAUACCGAAGGGAGAGGCAACUGAAACAGCAAAGAGGGAGCCACCACCAGGCACACAUUGCCCCCUACAGGAUCAAAAUUGAGGGACCACCACAAGCAUUGGUACCAGCUGUGUCUCAUGAUUGUCAUGUCCUCAACCCCUCCCCUGCUUCUCUCGGCUCUGAUCAUUACCACCCACCUCAGUCCUUUCAUCCCAGUAUGAGCCAGUCCGAGUUCCCCAUGCUGUUGGACUGCACCAUGCCCAGAGACCGGACUCUGUCUGAUGCAUCCAUACCCCUUCACACACUGUGCUACCCAGGCUUCCACACAUACCCUCCUGAGAAAAGAGAGCUCCCGUUCAUCUACAGUCCUGCUUCUGUGACGCCCCCUGAUCCAACCUCUCCAACAGUUCUCUCAACACUCGCACCUGCACCCACACCAACCUCAACUCCAAGUUCUACCCCAACUCCAGCACAAAGCUUGACGCCCACCUCAACCCCAACCCCUAGUUCUUGCUUCCUAAAUCAGCUCCUGCAAGCCGAGCCAGAUGAGAAGCAGCUCUGCAUGCGGGUGUUAGCAAGCCUCCAAAGAGAACAAGCCUGCCGAGGAAAACAUGACCGUCUCAACACCUUCAGCAUCAUGUGCAAAAUGGCUGACCAGACUUUGUUUGGAUUGGUGGAGUGGGCAAGAAACAGCACACUGUUUAAGGAGCUUAAGGUGGAGGAUCAAAUGGGACUACUGCAAAGCUGCUGGAGUGAGCUGCUCAUCCUGGAUCACUUAUGCAGGCAGGUGUCCUAUGGAAGAGAUGGCAGCAUCUGCCUGAUUACUGGACAACAGAUAGAGGUAUCGACCAUCCUCAGUCAGGCUGGAGUAACCCUCAGUAGUUUAGUAUCCAGAGCCCAGGACCUUGUCUCCAAGCUUAGGUCACUGCAGCUGGACAGAGAGGAGUUUGUGUGUCUCAAAUAUCUGGUUCUCUUCAAUCCAGAUGUUAAAUCAGUACUGGACCGAAGGCAGGUAGAACAAACUCAAGAGCGUGUAAACAGGGCGUUGAUGGACCACACUAUGCAAACCCACCCAGGUCACUCGGACAAGUUUGGACAGCUGCUGCUCCGUCUGCCAGAGGUGCGCAGCAUCAGCCUGCAGGUCGAGGAAUAUCUGUAUCAGCGCCACCUUCUGGGAGAUCUGCCCUGCAACUCCCUGCUGACUGAAAUGCUUCAUGCCAAGCACACAUGAGACACAAUCAAAACAAAGCUUGUUAGCGGACAUGCUUUCGUAAUUUGACCUGUGGUGUCUAAUCAUUUUGAGCUUUGAACAAGUCCAGAUGCUGGUUUAUUUAAUUACUGGCUAGCGCUCCAUGUCUAACAACAGGAGCAAUACAUAGUUUCAGGUAUUAUGGGUGUACAAGAUGCAUCCUCUUGUAACAACUUACCUUACUCUUAUGGAUUAUGUCCAUUAGAAAAUAAAAAAGGUUUGCCAGCAUUCAAACACUGCCACAUAUAAUAUAAAACCAUGGCUGUCUAACUUCUCUAAAGACACAGAGGCACAUCAGAUAUUGUGUUAAAUUCUCCUAAUUGUUUACAAGAUUGAGUUUCAAAUUAAAGUGUGUCUGUAAUAUGGUUUGA